AUGACAGCGCACAACACGAAAGGAACUGCCGCGGUUAUGAACCCCUCCAUCCCACAGGCGCCCGAGUCGCCCGUACGCAAGACGAGCAUCCCCGACAAGAGCUCGCCCAGGCACAAGCAGCAGCAGUUUGAAGGCGUCUCGAAACCCCCUCAAGACAACGAAAAGCAGCAGCAACAACGAGCCCCGGAGCGAGUCACAGACCCACCAGCAGUACCGUCGUCAUCGACCUCAUCUACAACGGCAGCAACAGCAAAGACCGCAGCUAACUCAAGUAGUGGAGACGGUAAUGGUGAUGUUAUCGGCGAGUACGUGUUGGGUGAGACGAUAGGGAAAGGGACGUUCGGCAAGGUGAAGCUCGGACUGCAUCUGCUCACGGGCGAGAAGGUGGCGGUGAAAAUGCUGGAGAAGAAGCGCAUCGUCCAGGCGGCGGACGUGGAGCGCGUGGCUCGAGAGAUCAAAAUCCUCAAGCGCAAUCGCCACCAGAACGUGAUUCAACUGUACGAAGUGAUCGACUCGCCCGACCGCAUCUUCCUCAUCAUGGAGCACGUAGACGGAGGCGAAAUGUUCGAAUACAUCGUGGCUCACCACCGCAUCCGUGAGCCUGAAGCCGCGUUCCUCUUCCGACAGAUCGUGGACGGCCUCGCCUACUUGCACUCGAACGAGAUCACCCACAGAGACCUGAAACCCGAGAACUUGUUGCUCCAGUCGAACCUCAAUCACAACCAUAACAACCGGCAACCGCAACAACAGUCUACGCCUCCUCCUUCGAAUCUCUUGGUGAAGAUUGUGGACUUUGGUUUGAGUAAUAUUCACGACGGUGGGCGAUUGCUACGCACUGCGUGUGGUUCGCCGUGUUACGCGGCUCCGGAGAUGAUCCAGGGACGAAUGUAUCACGGUCCUGUCGCCGACAUGUGGAGCUUGGGCGUCGUCCUCUUCGCGAUGGUCUGUGGAUUUCUCCCGUUCGAGGACAGCAACACGAAUUUACUAUACAAGAAGAUUCUGAGUGCCAACUACAAGAUGCCGACGUUCCUGUCGGCGAACGCGCAGGAUUUGAUCCGGCGCAUCCUCGAGACGGACCCGGAAAAGCGCUACACGGUAGACAAGAUCCGCCAGCACCCGUGGCUGGCUGGUGUGCAGACCCCCGAGCUGUCGGGCUGUGAUGUGGGCGAAGGUGUAAAAUCUGAGGAAAUUAAGGCUCGGCAUGAACUUGUUUUGAAUCAGCUGGAAUCAUUGGGUCUUCGUAGGGAGGACGUGCAGUCGGCGCUGGCCAAGAAGGCGUACAACCGGUUCACGGCGUCCUACUACCUUCUGGAUGGAAAGCUCCAGCGCAUUAUGAGAAAUCGUGUCAUACCAAUACCCGCGUCAGGUAACAGUCCCAACUCCUUGAUCGACCGCCCCGUUCGGCGUGAGAGCAACACUAACAGCGAAGGGAGGCGCCAGGAAUCUGUGGUGAGAUCUGGAGGUCACGUUAGCGAUGUCCGCAUCACUGGGUCGGGUUCUACCGCUGGAUCUGGGAAGAGUAUUGAGGUGUCUAGCCCGCCUCACAGGCAGAACUCUGGCUCACGGGCCUUUCACGAAAGCCCGCGACGGAAAUCAAACCCGCAUCAUCAUCACCCGCCGCACUCGCAGCAACAUGGAGAGAGUCCGUACGCUCGGAGGGCGGGUACACCGUCAAAUGUAGCGUCUCCACGCCACAGCAGUCAUCAUGGCGAUGGGUCUGUGGUGACACAACGGCCGAGCUCCGUACGAGGCGGAAGGAACUUAGUGAUGAUCAACAACGGAGCUGCAAAGUCCCCCGCUGCGGGCUUCUUACCGGUGGCCCCCAACCCACCGCGUGACCCUCGUCACUCAGGCAUCCUCACAGCGAGGAAGCCGCAGGGCAACACCCGUGUGACGGUCAGCAACGGCAUGGUAGCUCUUCGCCCUCUAGCUCAGCCAGUGCAUCCACCAAGACGAGAGCUACCAUCGUCAACGCCGCAGUCAGCUACGCGUCGGCAUUCGUCGGAGGUUCCUCCAUCCUUCCAUCAUAUCCACGACCCCACACCCGCUCACAUGGCUCCAGUGGCGGAGAUGCCUGCACGCAACUCAAUCACUUCGGCUAAUGGUGGCGUGGUCAUCCGACGACGCCCUCAAGGGCCUUCACCUCCACCGCAUUCCGUUCAUACACACAGCCCGCAUCAAUCCCCCGUAACAGCAUCUUCUUCUGGCCCGACGACCCCCUCUGCUCAUGCUACAGCAGCUUCGAAAUCGGACGACACUCGGUCACCGCAGCGAAUAGCACCAUCGGCCCCUGCAAACUCAUAG